UUUAAAAUAACUUUUUUAAAUCAUUUAUAAAUAUUAAUAAUGUUUUGUAAAAGUUUAAAAAUUUAAUCUCAUCCCUUUAAUAUUAAACUCUAAAAAAUAAUCACUAAAAAUUAAAUCCAAAUUUUAAAAUAUUUAUGAUUGAAAAUAUUUGUGAAAAUUAGUAGCGAACUUAUAAUAUUUCAAGCAAUUUUCAAAUAUUAAUUGCAUGUUAAAAUUUGGUAUCACUUUAGUUAGUUAUAUAUUAAGAAACCUCUACCAACUAUAUUAGUGUAUAAUACAAAUCAUCUUGUAUUUUAGUAUUUAUUGUCAUUAUUUAUUAGUUGGAUCAAAAUACAGAAAAGUGGUCACUUCACAUGCACUUUGGGUGGAGAUACUCCACCAAUGAAUAUAUAUAUGGUAAUCAAAAAAAUAUAUCCCCUUUACUUAAAAAAAGCUGACCACCUAACCAAAUCCAUUUUGUUUUGUUUAACAACCAUAUUCUUUUUACUUCUUUAUUCUUUUAUUAAUUUAGUCAUUUAUAUUAUACAUAAAAUUUAGACAUUUAUUUUAUUUAUUAUUUUACAAUUUAUGAUGUAGUGUAUACACUUAUAAGCAGAAUUGAAUUUCAAGAAUAUUUUUUUUUUUUUAAAAAAAAAAUAUAUAUAUAUAUAUAUAUGUAAUUUUAAUUUUUAAUCUACUACAUAAGUUUAUCAAUAAAUAUUUUUAUAAAGUUAAAAAAUGUGAAAUUAUAAUAUAUGCCUUCAUCAAUAGUAGUUUAUAAAAAUACUAAGGUGAUUUAAGGAUAUAUAUCUUACCUUUUUUUUUGUAACCAUUGUUUUUUUUCAUUUUCUUUUUUGGAACCAUUGUUAUAUAUAUAUAUAUAUAUAUAUAAAUAUCUUAUCUUGAUUUGCAAAUUAUCUGUAUCUUUUUUUUUGAUCAACUAUCUGUAUCUUCUAAUAAAUAAAUUAUAUAUUUCGAAAACUAAAGUAUAUAAAAUAGUACCAAAACUGUUUAAAUCCUUAAAGUGGAUUUGUUAAAGCAAUAUUUAUAGCAAUUUUAUGAAAUGUUUAUUAUGAAAAGUUCUCUACAGUAUGGUUGAAUUUGGUCGUAUGGUGAACGUGGAUCUUUGAUGCGAUCGUCAACAAGCAUAAGGUAGGCGUAUAUUUUCUAUUUAGCUACCAUUUUAAGAUGUAUUUUUCUAAAAUAUAGUCGCAUGUUUUUUAAUGAUAAAAAUAUAGCCACGAUGUUGGCAUAUGAGAGGAUAAAAUAGAUUGUCUUUUCUGGAAAUUUCAGACCUGCUUAAGGGUAACAUAAUUGAUCGGAAUGACCAGUAUUUUACAGUGAAGAUAUUUGAAAGAAAAAAAGUGAGAAUUUUCGAAAUGUUGAUGAAGCUUAAAAAAUAUAGUAAAACUAAAAUUUCAUUUAUACUUUAUAAUUUUACUAACAAAAUUUAUAUUUCCGAACACACUCAUUGCAAUAUGUAGGAUAACUUUUUGUUUGAACUCUGAAUCACCAUAAAAUCCAUAAUCAGGACAAAUUUUCUCUAGCUUUACAUUUUUGGUAAUAUAUAGAAGAAUGUAACUGGAUGUUCUCUUUAAAGAAAAAAAAUGGAUGUACGAGUCUUGCAAUGUCCUUGUCGCCUUACAGAUGAGAUGGAUUAUUUUCUGAUGGUUAACAAAGAAAGACUCUUCAAGAGAAGAACAGACGUUCAAAACUUAACGUCUCAAAACUUUAUCCAAACCAUUUCGAUGUGGACGUUUCAGGUUUCAUCAAACUCAUUAUCAUUUCCUUUUUCUUUUGUCUUUCAAAAAAAAAUAUAGAUAUUCAAAUAAUAUAUAUCUGGUUACUAUAAUUGGUAAACUGUUCUCGACUUAUAAGAGUAUAAUUAAGGGAAAGUUUUUAGGAUGAAAUUCUUAGCGGAAUAUGAGAAACCGAUUCUUAACUUUUAACUAAAAAAAUUAAGAAUCCACUAUAAGAAUCUUCAUUAAUCAUGCUCUAAGAUCUCGUGUACAUUGGUGGUGCAUUAACAAUUUUUAGUGACAGAAAGGUUGUACCUACCAUUAAAAUUAACAGGCCCAUUAUAUUCUUUGUGCUUUCAGCCCAUAGAAUCUCUAGACCGGGUCCGCACGUAGGUCUGUAUAGAGAGUUUUCCUCCACUCAUUUUCGUUUGCUUGGCGUAACAAUAAACGAAUAAGGUACACAAAAUAUUUUGAUAUGGUGGAUAUACGCGGUGUAUAUGCUUAAGUAAUGGAUACUAGGGGGUUUUAGAUGUAUAUAUAUAGCUGUAUCGGGGUAUAUCAUAGUAACAUACUGUAACUGAAAAAAAUUCAUACUAUAAGAGAAUCUUCAAAAAUGAACUCUAUUUUGAAGUUAUAGUGUCUUUUGGAGAUGCUCUGAGAGAGAAUUCGAUCCAGAUUUAGACUCAUUAUACAAUAGUUAUCUUUCUGUUUGGUGUAAUGAGAAAUUCUUUGUAACCCUAUUAAUGGCUUCUGUGGUUAUAGUUAGUCAGUUGGGAGAUUAUUUGAAGGGAGUGUUACUAUUUUCACAUUUAAUGCUCAUUAAUGGCGGAAACAAUGGCAACCUAUGUUUAACUUAAAUAAAAUAUUUGACCACUGCUAUUUGCUAUGAAUGCAAAUUAAUCGACUUUUGUUCAUAUCUAGUAUAUGUGCUUCGUCCAAAGAUAUGUGGAAUGUUCUUAUAGUUGAUAAUAUUUGCGUCUGAAAGAUAUAGGAGAUUGGUAAUGAGCUUCCAUGUCAUGUGUGACAUAAAAUAUGACAUAAAGUACUUCAAACUCAGAAGUCAGAACUUACUUUCAUACUUACGCAGUCUUUUUAACGCUUCAGAUUAAUUUAAUAACCUACAACCCAUUACCCAACUACAAAGGCCUACAAAGUAAUCAUAUCAUCACCAAAUCUACAGCUCAAGCCUCAAACCCGACCCAAUCGCAAAUGUAAACCAACCAAAUUAUCAAACUCCGCCCUUCUAUCAAAAUAACUGGCCCAACCCAUAAAUAACAUUGGACAUCAAACUGACUUGGCAAAGAAGGCAUUUGUAUAUUAAAGGCCACUAAUUUUACAUUGCUAAACACCAAAGAAGACAAUUAACGGCUGCAUUUUGGAUAAUGCUAGAGGCAACCUAAAAGAUGCAACACUCACACUCACAAGUAUAAGAAACUAGCGAUGGGGAUAAUCAUUUUCCAAACACAAAAACCUUAUUUCUUGCCAACAAGAAAAUUUCUUUCCCUCUUCAAAUUUCUCCACAAACAAUUUUUGAGAUCUUAUCUCCAAGGUUGCCACAUUCUCCGCAUCAACCUCAAUCAAUGUAUGCUUGCAUGACCAACCGUCGCUGUCAUCACACAGGAUCGUUGUGUGUACAUAAGUAAAAAUAUACACCACAUAACAAAAAAACAAUAAUCCGUGGAGCAUCCAAUAAUAUAUAUAUAUAUAACUUUGAUUUUUCUAUUCUAUAAAACCAUUUUUUUGGAUAUUUUGAAUUUUUAAUAAAAUUAGAAAUUAACGUUUAGAAAGUUUAUAUUAAUUUAGAUUAUUAGACUGAUACAUAUAGUUGUUCAGAAAAAAGAGACUGAUACAGAAAACAGUGAUACAUGUCACAAUUCAAAUGCAUUCAAUCUUAUAUAAUAAAUGAUACCUUCACCAUGAUAUUACAAACCUUAUAUUACUCUUAAAAUGACCAUAAAUCUGCAUUAUCACUUAGGACGUUUGAGUCAAAAACCUUGGAAUCGAGCUUAUGUUACUGGAGAUGGAGAGCACGUGGUGAGGGAUGAUGGGUUAGACAGAAAAUCACAAGAAAGCAAAAGCGCUAACUAUUGAAACACAAAAUGACAAGCCCAUAAUAGUAACGUGCUGUCUUCACGGGUCACCUCUAGCAUGCUCACUGUCAAUCAAAACCUAACUUUAUAUUUUCUUUAUUAUUUUGUAAAAAGAAAUUAUUUUUGUUUGUCUUAUAACUGCUUCAUGAUAUCAAAUUUAAUAGAUUACAUUAAAAUUAGAUAUAAACGGAUUAGUUCAUAUCCCGUAUAUAGUAGACAUUACUAAAGCUUCUAUUACAUCUGCGAUAUGAGAUUCUAUGACACAUUGUCUUGAAAAUGACUUCAGUCUCAUUUCAAACCAAAUCUCACCCUGAGAUCUGUUAACAUUCUAGAUGAACCCUACUUGGAAACCUUGACACCCCCGUUUAGUCUCAUUGGAACUUCUAUAUAUAGGAGAGAUAAUAAAAUUGGCCACAUAAAUAGACAUUAAAUUAAGAUAAAGAAAAAGGUAUAAAAUGAAGAAUGUAGCAUGGUACUUGUGUUUAUAAAAUAAUAGUGGUUGCAUAUAAAUUUAGUCUCAGGGAAGUGGAGUAACGCAAAUAUUCCAUCUGAAUUCUAGAAUUGUUUUAAAAUCAUACUAAAAAACAAAAAGUACAUUCCAACAGAAUUUGCAGCAUAUACAAAGUAAUUAUUACCAAGAAAAAAAAGUAAAAAUAAAACAAUAUUUCUCUUUUUCUCUCCGACUACAAACAUCAAGGAAAACCAAUCUAAAUUCCAAAAGGGUUUAGUUGAUUUUAUCUUCUUUUUUCAUCACCUGGCCUAAUUAACAGUGAUAAUGUCUUCAUCGCCUUUUUGUUCUUGGCCUCUGGUACUAUUGUUAGUAUUGUUGUGCAUGGUGGCCAGAGAAUCAAACGGAGCUUCCAACAAUGUAAAAGUGGGAAGCAUUUCAAAGGUAGAAGAUGCUGAUAAUUUCCAUAUAUAUUAUGGACAAACCUUCAAAGUCAUCAAGAAUGCUAUUGAUGGCAAGAGUUAUCUCCUCAUUCAGAAUGGCGGUUCGGACAAAGUAUUGUACUUCCAGGAUAAAAUCCUAUGUGAUUCCACUUCUUAACUACUCAGUAGACACUCAAUCUUCUCAAGGUAUGCUCCGUUAUUUUCCCCUGCUUUCUUUCCUCUGUUUUAAACGGGCCUGCCUUUUAAGAUCUCUCUUUUUUUCUUAUUCAGGAGGCCUUCCGGUUUCUUUCUUUGAGCUACUUGGAUUACUAGGGAGCUUGAAGGGAAUAACAUCAGACGCGGUGGCUUCACCGUGUGUUCUGAAACUGCUUGAGGCAGGGGAAGUAGUUAAGUUUGAAAAAGGUGCAGAAGAAGUGUCUCAGUUUGCAGCGCACUUCAUCAGUGAUACUGAUCAACUUCAGACAUGCAAUUUUGCAAACUUUUUUCCACUCAGCGAAGGCACACCUCUUCAGCGAGCCGAGUGGAUUAAAUUCCUUGGUGCUUUUGCCAAUCUUGAAACUAAAGCAAAUCAAGUCUACGAUGCGGUCAAAGCAAGCUAUACUUGCUUGUCUCAAAUGGCAGCUAAAAGGACCACAUCCUUCAAACCCAUUGUAGCCUGGAUGGAGUACGAUAAAAAUGGAGGUGUUUGGGGUUUUACAAAGGAACCACAUAAGCUAAAGUUUGUAGAAGAUGCGGGUGGUGAGAAUAUCGACAAAUCUAUAAACAAGAUCACUUACAAUGUCUCUGAUCCUGAUGAUUUGGAAGCACUCCAUGCUAUUUUAUGCACUGUGGAUGCGGUGAUCGAUGAAACGCUAUCGUCCGAACCUCAGAAUUACACAAAGAAAACAUUCUUGGAUAACAUAAACCUGGAGGAUAACUCAUGUUUUGCGUUUAAUCAGAGCAUCUGGAGAUAUGACAAAAGAGUUAGAAAGGGAACAACUCUUGACUGGCAUGACGGAGCAAUAUCGCAACCAAACCUUGUACUGGCUGACAUGAUUGAAGCCUUGUUUCCAACUGGAAACUACACAACCUCCUAUUUUAGAAACAUUGCCAAGGGCGAAGGAGUCAUAGACAUUAGUUCGGAUAUGUGUGAUAGAGACGCAUCAUUGCCGUUAGUUCCUAUCAUUCCAGCUUGCGGAUGAUGUUUUAUACCUUCACGGUUCUCUGGUCUUCCCCUCCCUCUCCCACUCUCCUCAAGAAACAUAGAACAUCUUAUUCGAUUGCAUUGUUAGCGAUUUCAAACUUUUUAAGAUUUCUGAUGUGACAAUAUUUGAUAAACUACGUUUAUUCAUAGCCAGUUUUAAUUCCUUGUGUAAGCACACGUGAAAUAUGUUGUAUUUUACGGAAACAACAUACAACUAUAAUGUCUU